GCUGAAGUUCAGAUAGAAGCAAACUGGAAAAGAAAGCAAAUCCAGGAUCUUAGUCAUUAGCUGGAAAGUCCGAAAUCCUUUCGGAAAGAUGUCGGGUGGGAUUUUCUCCCCUCUGGAGAAUUUGUGUGACCUCGACAACGCCAACAGCCACCCGCUGGUGUGUUUCCUGUGUCAGGAGCAAUACGAACACCCUUGCCUCUUGGACUGUUACCACAACUUCUGCGCCAGCUGCUUGCGGGGCCGCGCCAUCGACAGCCGCUUGACCUGUCCUCUUUGUGGCCACCAGUCCGUCGUGAAGGGCAACGGCCUCCCUCCCGAGGACCGGCUCCUGAAGUUCCUGGUGGACAACUCUGGCGACUGUGAGGAGGAAGCCCAGUGUGCAAAUUGUGAUCUGCAGAGCACCAAACAGGAUUUAGACGCCAUGUACUUCUGCAAUACCUGCAACCAGCCGCUCUGCGCCAAGUGCCGCGAGGAGACCCAUAAGGCCAGGAUGUUCUCCCGCCAUGAGAUCGUCUCCCUGACCAAGCGCACCAAAGCCGUCCACAAGAAAUGCCCUCUUCAUGAGGAACUCUACAUCAUGUUCUCAACCGAGAAAAAGUCGAUGCUGUGUAUUAACUGUUUUCGGGACAUGCCGGUGGAGAGCCGAGCACACUGCAUUGAUAUCGAGACGGCCUACAUGCAGGGCUGUGAGAAGUUAGACCAGGCGGUGAUGGCCGUAAAAGAGCUCCAGACGUCCACUCGGGAGGCGAUCGUUCUCCUGAAAGCCAUGAUCGAGGAAGUGCGCAACAGCGCGGACGAGGAAGAGACGGCCAUCAAUUCCCUCUUCGGGAGCAUGCAGGAGAAGUUGGCAGAACGCAAGAAGAUGCUCCUGAAAGCGGUUCAGAGUCAGUAUGAAGAAAAGGAGAAAGCCUUCAAGGAACAGCUGGCCCACCUGGCUUCUCUGUUGCCCACCCUGCAGGUCCACCUGGUGACCUGUUCCGCUUUCCUCAGCUCUGCAAACAAGGCUGAAUUCCUGGAUUUAGGCUACCAACUGAUGGAGAGGCUGCAGAAGAUCGUCAAGCUGCCCCAUCGUUUGCGCCCCUCCCAGACCAGCAAGAUCAACACCGAAUACCGAGCUGAGUUCGCGCACUGCUUGGAGCCGCUGCUGCUUCUGACCCCGCGGCGCUCUGUGGUGGUGAACGGCGGGAGCAUCGGCCCUGGGAUAAGCAACAGCACCAUGAUAUCGGGAGGCCCAAGUUCCAAGACCCUCCUGGUGCCCGGCUGCUCCUCGGCCUGCGAGAAAAUGUCCCUGACGGGCUCGCUCGUCCGGAAGCCGACCCUGCACCGCUACAUCAGCACCAAAGUCCUGCUGGCCGAAGGCGGAGAGACGCCGUUCGCCGACCACUGCCGCAACUACGAAAACAUGUACCGGGCCCUUCAGACGGAGAUUCAGAACCUGAAGGAUCAGGUGCAGGAGCUGCAUCGGGACCUCACCAAACACCAUUCCCUCAUCAAGACCGAGAUCAUGAGCGAGAUCCUGCAGAAGUCCCUCCAGAUGGACGUGCAAAUCGCCUCCGAGUAUUCCUCUGUAGAGAUGAUGAGGAGCAUCUUUGAAGAGACGUGGGAAGAAACCUAUCAGCGGGUGGCCAACGAGCAAGAGAUUUACGAAGCUCAGCUCCACGACCUGCUGCAGCUGAAGCAGGAGAACAGUUACUUGACCACCAUCACCAAGCAGAUUGCCCCCUACGUCCGCUCAAUUGUCAAAGUCAAGGAACGGCUAGAGCCCAGGUUACAAGAAGCGAAGGAGAAAGAAGACCAGCUGGAAAGCCUGCUCAAAGUCCAUGACGAUGGCCCCAGUGGGGAUCUGCAGCACAGCCAUCUGCCAUGUGUGCCACGCGUGCACCCUUGCUUUGCUUCCCAAAAUGAAGACAAUCUCAUGGGAGUUAUCCAACCCAGAGGUGAGGGUGGUGGAAGUAAAGAAUCUUGAGACGUCUUUGCAUUCAGACAGCUGAAAUCAACAGGGAUAAAGAAUUUCGUAAGUAUUCCCCCAACCACCACUCUCGAUGCACGUGGAAGGCCAUCAAGAUUUAUUUGGAAUACACUUUCCCCUCCUCUGCAGAAAAAAGUAGGCCACAGUCCCCUGUAAUGUGUGUCAAAUAAAAAUUUGUUCGCCAAUAAGCAUGCUGCAAAGCUUUGCCUUGUUUUUGCUGCAACAGCCUAACACAGCUACCCGGCUGGAAAUUCUUCUAAGGGUCCCGUUUCUCUUCUUUCCGAGGACUGACUCAUGUAGCAAUCCUAGAAAUCAAGAGCAGCCUCUGGAACCCAACGCUGAAAGCCAAGUCUGCCCUGCCGGGGAGCUGCCACCACUGAAAAGCUAAGAGAUCAUUUCAAGAGUAAACUGAAAAAGCAGAGCCGAGAGUUGCCGGCCAUCAGCGGACUCUCGCAACGCAGCCGAGGGAGGGAGCCAGGAAGCAGAACUGCUCUUAUGCUGAAGGUGCACUAACUUUUCCUUACAGUCAAGAAAACUUAGGAACUCAUUUCCAAAGAGACGCGUCUUCAGAAAUACCUGUACAGGGAUCUUCUGCAGUGGUAGGACGAUGCCACCUCGGCAAUUCAGAGGUUUGCCGAUUUACAGCUUUCGACUACAUCUGCCCGGGGAAUUCUGGGAAUUGCAGUCCAAAAUACAAAUCUGCAUCCUCUUAAGUCCUAAUAAGGGGGAUUUCCAGGGUCUUUUUUUUUGGCAUUAUUCUGCUGUUUAUUGCUUGUGUCAUUUGUUCUGCGGGUUUGGUAGGAUGAAGGUUUUAGCCUUAGGGCACCUCCAGCCAUUAGGAAUUUGACUCUCAGAUUUUCCUCCAUCCUCUGAGCUUCCACCCAUGUUCUCCCGACUCUUAUCUUUGGCGCUAAGGGCUACAGAGACAUGACUCUCUCUUAAAACAGAGAAAGCCAGGUUUAUUGUGUGUGUGUGGGGGGGGGGUUGUUGCUUUUGGCACUCAUUCACCACCAAGCUGAUGCAUCUUCCGCACUUAGGGUGGAACAGCCAAUAUUCCUCAGUGGUGUCCUGCCUUUUGGGGUUUGCACAACGAAUUUGCUAGAAUUCAAAUUUGCUAGAAUUCGGCUGGAUUGCAAUAUGGCUGGCUCCUGCUUGCAGGGUAAACAAAAGGUGGAAAAUACACAGCUCCCCGGUUGUUUUCACACUGCCACACCCACAGCCUCUCCUUGCUGGCCACCCUGGCCAGGGCUUUUUCUAAAGCCACCCAGUCCAAAAACAUCUGGGAAGCCAUAGAUUUCCUGUCACAAAGUGCUUUAAAACAGGGAAGAAACUAUUUUAUUUCACCUACUUCUUGUUCAAUCAAGAACGACUGAUGGUAGGGGCAAUUACCAUUCCUCACCAUGUUUUUCUUCAGAGACACAUCAUUUUUAUUUGAAAAAAAAGGGAGGGGGAAGAGUUUCAUCAACAUUUGCCAGAGAUAAAAAAUGUUAAAAAUAUAUAUAUUUUUUAUUGAUCUUGAAAAAAAAUAACACUGAACGGAUCCCCCACUGAGCUGUUUUGCCACCAACUGAUCCAAAGUAACCUGGACAGCAUGAUGUAACCUGUCUCUCAG